AUGGAUAUUUUUGGAGGAGCUCCUCGCCUUUUGGGCUAUCCCCGCCCUAUAGUGGCAAAGUGCGGCACAGUUGCAACACUGAGGUGCCAAAUUGAUGGUGACCCUCGUCCUGAUGUGAUCUGGGAGCGUAAAAGUGUCCAGAUCCUGUCUGAUGGACACUACAAGCUUUCUGAGGAGGGGAAAGCUUACCUUCUAAUCAUUAAUGGGGUGACUCUGCAUGAUGCUGGCCAGUAUAUUUGCAAGGCCAAAAAUAGCAUAGGUGAAACCUAUGCCGCAGCCUCCCUGAAAGUAGAAGGAGAGGCCCAGCCACAAGACGGGGGGCAAAGGCAAUUAGCAGUCAAUGGUGUGAAGCAGCCAACAAAGGAAAAUGGUGAGCUCCAAGGACAACUGAAUGGCUUCUGUACAAUGCCAAAUGAGCACAGGUGGAACAGCAAGUUAAAUGAAGCUCGAGAAGAGGUUGAUCAAACUUCUGAGGACAAACCUCGAUUUCUCAUCAAGCCUCUCUCUCUGAGGGUGGAUCGGGGAGAAGACGCUGCCUUCUCCUGCAAAAUCUGGGGGACUCCUCUUCCAGAGGUAACAUGGGAGAAAGACGGGAAGAAGUUGAAUGACAUCUUCGAGAGCGCACACUUCAGCGUGAACAAUCAAGAUGGCGGCUGGUUCCAGCUCAAGAUCUACAGGACACGCAUGCCAGACAAAGGGGUCUACACCUGCAGGGCCACCAACUGCCAUGGCGAGGCCCUGGCAGGUGCUGUCCUGCUUGUUGAGCCUGUACCGGAGCGGGGCGACAGUAAGAAGUCCUCAAAUGGUCAGGCAAGCAGCCAAUGGUCGCCAAAGCACAGGGGUGGGAGGCUCAGCUUGUCAAGGCUUACAGAGGAGCAAACUGUCAAUGCUUCUAAAGCAAAGAAGUUUGCAGUGGCAGAGGGGAAACACGCCAAGUUCCGCUGCUUUGUAACAGGGAAGCCUAAGCCAGAGAUCAUUUGGAAGAAAGAUGGGGUUCCCCUAGAGCCAGGGAGGCGUCAUUUGGUAUUUGAGGACAGAGAGGGUUACUACACACUGAAGGUUCUGUACUGUAAAGUGCAGGAUACAGGACUGUAUGUGUGUGCAGCAUCAAAUGCUCUUGGAAACACACUCAGCGCUGUUCACCUGUCUGUGAAAGGCCCAGCUGUGCGGUUCAGGUGUCCUUUAAAAGACGUAGAGGUAAGGGAGAGGGAUGUGGCCGUGUUGGAGUGCGAGGUCCCUGAUGAGUCAAUCCCAUCAGCCUGGUACCUGGAGGACCAGCGGCUGAUGCCCAGCAGUAAGUACGGCAUGGAGCAGAAAGGAACCAGACGGAGAUUGACCAUCCAUGAUGUUGGGACGGACGACGAUGGAGUGUAUCUCUGCGAGAUGCCAGAUGGAGCAAAAAGCAUCGCAGAGCUGUCAGUGAAAGGUACAAUUAUUCGUAAGCUUCCCCGAAAGCUGGAGGUCCUGGAGGGUGAGAACGCCGUGUUCUGCGUGGAAGUGGAAAGCGACGAAAUGGAGAUCCACUGGUUCAAAGACGGCCUGAAACUGCACGAGACUCAUCAAACGAUCCUGAAGUCUUUCGGAAAAACUCACAUUCUGGUCUUCGUCAACGUGACCUAUCAAGACUCAGGUGUAGUGACCUUUGUCGCAGGAAGCUCCAAGACCUCGUCACGUCUCAAGGUUAAAGCCACAAGACAUAGCCCUCCUAUCUGUCCUGUCGGAGUCAAAAUGGACGAGGAUCGCCCCAACAGUGCUCUGCUUACCUGGGUGCCAGCCCCCAACAGCCAGACCUCCACCCGAUCCAUCUUUGUUGUGGAGAGACAGGAAGUUGGCUCCCAAGAGUGGCAGAAGUGUUUCACCUCAGAGACUGCGACUACAGCUGAGGUCGCUGGUGACAGCGUGCCAUGUGAAGGCGACUACCGGUUCCGUGUUUGCUGCAUCAACAAGUACGGGAGAAGCGGUCAUGUGGAGUUUCCCAAAGCUGUCCAUCUGGUUCCUGGACCCAAGAUUCACUGUAACAUGAAAGGCUGUGAAGUUGUAGAAGGAGAAGACGCCCACUUCUCCAUUGAACUGUCUGCAACAAUGGUUGGAACCUGGUUUUUAAAUAGCGCACAACUGCAACAUGGCGGCCGAUAUUCAGUACAACAGUCCCAAACAAAGCACUCAUUGGUUAUUCGUGAAACUUGCGCUGCAGAGGACACAGCAGAGAUCACAUUUAUAGCCAACGGAGUCAGAGAUUCAGCUGUACUCAGAGUGAAACCUGCAGUCAUAAAAUUCAGUCCUCUGUCAGACUUAGACAGCAAAAAAAGGGUGGACAUAGGUGAUGCUAUUGUGCUCUACUGUGAAGUCUCCCACCCCUUUGCAAAAGUAUCCUGGUUCAAAGAUGGCAAGGAGAUGGAGGUGACCGAUGGUCUUAACAUCCAAGCAGAUGGGAACAUGAGGAGAAUUGUGAUCCAAUCAGCUGAUGCAUCUCACUCUGGAGUUUACGCAUGUGAAACUUCUGGAGAUGUCAUCAAAUUCAAUGUGGAUGUUGCAGGUCGACCUGUGGAGUUUACUCCCGUCCCAGAAGAGGAGCUCCAUAAGAGCAGUAUGGAGCUGGACCCUGUGGUGCUCCUCUGUCAUGUCUCUGCAGAAGAUGCAGAGGUUGUGUGGUAUAAGGAUGGCUGUGAGGUAAAGCCCAGUGACAAAAUCACUCUGCAGGCAGAGGGGACCAUGAGGAGGCUGAUCAUUCGCUCUGCAGAGACGUCAGAUGCUGGAAGCUAUACCUGCCAAGCAGGAAACAACAACAUAGAGUUCACUGUCAAUAUCAAAGAGCCGCCAGUGAUGAUUGUUGAACCUAAGGAUGAUAUUGUGAUGGAGGGCUACGUCUCAGAGGAGAUCCACCUGCAGUGCGAGUUGUCCCGAUCCAGCGGGAAGGUGUGUUGGUUCAAGGACGGCCAGGAGGUGGAGGAAAGCAACAACGUCCAGUUGAUAUCAGAAGGUCCUUACCGGAGGCUGAGCAUUCUCUCUGGCUCAGUGGAGGAUGGUGGAGAAUAUGUUUGUGAAACUGAUGGGGACUCUGUCUUCUUCCAGCUUUCUGUCAAAGAACCACUAGUAAGAAUAAUUUCCCCCAGUGAAUCUGACUUGGAAUUGACUCAUUUGGCCCCUGAGAGGCUGGAGCUCAGCUGUGAGAUCUCCCAGGCCGAUGCCCCUGUCCGGUGGUAUAAGGACAGCCUGGAGGUAGAGGAGGGUCCUAAUUUGAUCCUGAAGGUGGAUGGGGCCCAACGUAGACUGAUCAUACCUUUCACCACUGUGGAAGAUGGGGAAUACAUAUGUGACACUGAAGAUGAUUCUGUUGCCUUCCUUGUGACUAUUACAGAGUCACCAGUGACGCUUACUCGUCCCCAAAACAUGCUUGACAGACUGGAGAGUUUAACCGGCAAACCAAUCGUGCUGGAGAUCAAGGUGUCCCGGCCAAGUGCUGAAGUCACAUGGUGGCUAAAUGGCAGAGAAAUACAAGAGAGCAGUAAUGUCACCAUCACAGAGGACGGACUGAUCCACCGUCUGACCAUCCACUCUCCUACCCCAGAGGAUUCUGGGAAGUACACCUGUGAUGCUGUAGAUGAUAAAAUUGAUUUCCAGGUCAAAGUUUCAGAGCCUCCAGUGAAGAUCCUAAGAAAGUCAGAGAUUAAGACAAAUCUAAAAUCUCUGAUUUCUGAUGACAUUGUGCUGGAGUGCGAGCUGUCCAGAGCUAAUGCCGUAGCCAAGUGGUACAAGGAUAACUGCCGUGUUGAGGGUGAUGAAAGGUUCUGCGAAGAAGAAGAAGGUGCUUUCCGCUCGCUGGUCAUCCUAAACACUGAGAUUGGAGACUCAGGAGAGUACUUCCUGGAUGUUGGAGAUGACAGCAUCAGCUUCCAGGUUACAGUAGAAGAGCCUCCAGUGAGAAUUGUGGGUAACUCAAAUGACCCUGACUACCAAGAGAUGAUGGCAGGGGAAGACCUAAUCCUGGCAUGUGAAGUGUCCCGGGACAAUGCCCCUGCUCAGUGGUACUUCAAUGACCGUCUGCUUUCUGAAGACUCCCGUACAUAUAUUGAGACCUACGGCACUUUGAGAAAAAUUAUCAUCUCAAAUGUCCAGCCAUCAGAUUCUGGGAAGUAUGUGUGUGAUGCCGUGGACGACAAGAUGAUCAGCAUUGUCAGGAUUCAAGUGCCAAGAGUAGUGGAGUUCCUGACAGAGCUCCACAACACCACUGUUCUUGAAGGAGAAGAUGCCACAUUUAAGUGUGUUGUUUCCCCUGAGGAUGUCCAGUUGGUCUGGCUCAUGGAUAAUGAGCCUAUCACCCUGGGUGAUCGUUUCCAGGCAAACCAGAACGGUUUGUGUCAAACCUUGGUCAUCAAAAAGUGUCAGAUGUUGGACUGUUCGAAGAUUACAGCAGAGGCUGAGGGACAAAUCAGCAAAGCAAGCCUCAAAGUUAACGAGGCCCAGGUCAUGUUUACGAAGAAAAUGGAGGCUGUAAUGGCAGAAGAGUUUGGUGACGCCACCUUAGAGACAGAGAUCAGCCUUGAGACAGGAGAAGUACAGUGGAUGAGGCAAGGAGUGGUCAUCCAGCCUGGUCCAAGACACACCCUAUCACAGAAUGGCUGUAAACGCAGUUUGAGCAUCCAGAACCUGACUCUGGCCGACCGGGGGACCUAUCGCUGUGAGACCCUGCAUGACCGGGCCCAGGUCAAGCUCAAUGUGGAACCCCGUAAAAUCUCCAUCCGCAAAGGCCUAACUGAUCAGGAAACCUUUGAACGAGAGACAGCCUCCUUCGAAGUGGAGCUCUCGCACACGGAUGUGGAGGGAAUUUGGCAGAAGGAUGGCAUUCGAGUGAAACCGAACAACCAGUUUCGGGUGAGCACCAAUGGAUUAGUCCAUGGCCUCACCCUGUCAAAUCUCACCCUGGAGGAUACGGGCACUAUCGUCUUCUCAGCUGAAGGGGUACGCACCACUGCAAGGCUCACUGUCAAAGAGACUCCGGUGACUAUCCUGAGACCACUUUCCGAUGUUCGUGUGGAGGAGGAAUGCUCGGCCACUUUGGAGUGUGAAUUCUCCAGACAAAUUGUUGAAGUCAGAUGGCUUAAGAAUGGGACGGAGCUGAAGCCAGGAAAGAACUGUCGGAUCUACUCCAUGGGGCGAAAGCGUUUCUGUCAGAUUUUGCUGUGCUCUCUGGCUGACUCUGGCUCCUACACAUGUGACACAGGAGACAUCAACACUUCCUGUUCACUGGAGGUUUAUGAGCACAAGUUGGAGUUAGUGCACGAUCUGGAGGACCUUUACAUCCAGGAGGACCACAACGCUGUCUUCAUGUGUGAGGUUUCUCUGGAAGACGUCCCAGGAGAGUGGUACAAAGAUGGGCACAAGAUCCGGCCCACUAGCACCAUCAAGAUCCGCACUGAAGGGACCAAACACUUCCUACUCAUGUGUAACGUCACAGCUGAGGACGCUGGGGAAAUCCGCUUUACAGCCAAGGAUAUAGAGUCCACGGCUUACCUUGAAGUAGAAGAGCUUCCUGUCACCAUCGUAAAACCCCUGCGAGAUCGAACAGCCCUGGAGAAGCACAGAGUGAUCCUUGAAUGCACCGUUUCUUCGCCUCGCUGCAGCGCCACCUGGUAUAAGGGCACAGAGGAGCUCGCUCCCUCGGAUCGAGUUGAGAUCCUGGCAGAUGAAUGCUCCCACAAACUAGUCAUCUUGCAGGCGUCAGUGGAGGACGAGGGCACCUACAGCAUCGAGGUUGGGGAGCACACAUGUAAAGCCAAACUGAUGGUGGAAGCCCAAGCGCUUGUAAUUGUCAAAGAACUAGAGGAUGAGGAGGUGACUGAGUCGGAGGCAGCGUGUUUCCAGUGCGAGGUAUCUGUCGACAUAAACAAGGCCCCCGUUUGGACUCUGAAUGGAGAGGCUCUUCAGCCAGGCCCCUUCGUUCGAGUUGAAAGCCACGGGACAGUCCACAAACUCACCCUGAAAAACACCAGCGUAGACAUGAGCGGGGCGGUGAAGUUCACCAUGGGCAAGGCCAAAAGCAGCGCCACACUCACUGUAAUGGAAAAGUAAGGGGGGGGGGGGAGAAAGUAAAGCAUUGACUU